UUCCUAACGGAUCCACGACCUGAGAACACGCUGAUAACGGAGCCGAGAAGCGGAAGUGACGUCAGGGGGAGGGCGGCCCGUUGUCAAGGAGAAGCUCACUUCCUAGUUACUGAACGCGUUGCUAUGGAGACCGGAGCAUCUCCUGGUUACUGUUCUCAGGGAGAACGCACAGAGUACGGGAAGCGAUGGACGCCGAGAGCCUGAACCUGUCCCUGGAGCUGGUGCCCGGCCUGAGCCCCGAGCAGAGCGCCGUCCUGCGGACCUCCCUGCUGCUGCUCCAGAGAGACAUGCGGCUUUCCCGCGUCUUCUUCUGGGGCAAGAUCCUGGGGGUCCAGGGGGACUACUACAUAGCACAGGGCACGGAUGGGGGCGAGCAGCUGAGCAGCCGGAGGACAUUCUACAGCCUGAACUGCCUGGAUUGGUGCCUUCUGACUCCGCCUACAGAUGAUGUGAUUGGAGAAGCGCAGCUGAUUAAGGGCCGUUUCAUCGGAGACCCCGCCCACGAGUACGAGCACACUCUGCGCAGCAAGGCGGGGGAGGGGUCGGCGGUGUACGAGGAGGAGGUGACGAAGCACUUUAAGGAGGAGUCCCGUCUGGUCGCCACAAUUGCAAUGAUUGAUCGAGAGGCAGCGUUGGCUCCGCGGGGGGCGUUCAUCAAGAAUCCACUCGGACAGGUCAACGUAAACAGCAGCUUCCGAGGUCUUACAGUCAACGAGGCAAAAAAGCUGAGCUCCUUCUUCCACUUCACCCCAACACUUCACCCCGAGAAGAAGUCUCUGCUGGAGAAGGCCGACCAGGACCCCGCCCUCGACUUCCUGAACUCCCUGGAACACGACGUCCCUAAAGGUUGCUGGAGUCUGCACUGGGAGCAGGGGAGCAGCGUGGUGGUCCUGCGGAGUCUUCUGUGGUUGGGGAUGACCUUCUACCACAUCCCACUGACGCCGCAGCACGGUUACCUGUACAUCGGGAACGGAGAGCGGAACAUCGACCUGCCCUUCAUGAUCUGAGGAGCUCGCACUCGUCAUGGCGAGGUCAAUGGGACUGAGACACAAUCUGUACAAUCCUGGUUUAUUGUAAUGUAUGAACAGAAAACCGACAUUAAAUAAUACCGCGCCAUUCU